UUUUUGCAUUUCAAUGAUAAAACGCAUCAUGACGGACGUAGACGUUAAAGCUGGCAUACAACAAAUUCUGAAGCGGGUAGAUGCAGCCUAUGAGCAGAGACCGAAGGAACUUAAGGGCGAUAAGCCCCUUUUGGUGGCGGUUAGCAAAACCAAACCCGUUGAAAUGAUUAUCGAUGCCUAUUCGGUGGGUCAACGCCAUUUCGGCGAGAAUUAUGUUCAGGAAUUAGUGGAGAAAAGUCAACAUCCCGAUAUAUUGGCCCAGUGUCCUGAUAUUAAAUGGCAUUUUAUUGGUCAUCUACAGACCAAUAAAAUAAACAAGAUUAUUAAAUUACCCAACAUGUACAUGGUGCAAACGGUGGACAGUGAAAAAUUGGCCAACAAUUUGAACUCAGCGUGGCAGAAAUACGAAAAGGAGAACAAACAACCACUUAGUGUUCUUAUACAAAUUAAUACAAGUGGUGAAGAAGCAAAAAAUGGUGUACCACCCAGCGAUGCCCCCAAACUGUACAAACACAUUAAGGACAAUCUAAAGGAACUUGAUCUGAAGGGCAUUAUGACAAUUGGUGCCUUUGGACAUGACUACUCUAAGGGACCAAAUCCUGAUUUCAUAUCCCUGAUGCAAGUCCACAAACAAAUUUGUGAAGAAAAUCAAUUAAAUGAGAAAGAUGUACAGGUUUCAAUGGGCAUGUCGGAUGAUUUUGAAAAAGCUAUUGAAAUGGGCAGCACAAUUGUACGUGUGGGAAGUUCUAUUUUUGGUUAUCGGGCUAAAAAACCAAGUGCUUAAGUCGUCGA